AUGCCCAACGCCAAGCCCGCGCGCCUUCGCGGCGGCGUCCCACACGCCCGCGCGAUGAUCCGCGGGGACCCACUGCUCAUCCCUCGCGUCGAGGCGUUCGUACGGACCGUUGAAGAUGCGAAUGAUUCACCGGCGGCGGCUGAACGCGCGCUUCGAAACGUCGACGCCGUCGUUGAACACCUCCGUUCGACGUACGCGGCGUACGCGCGGGUCAAGGUGAACGUCUUUCGGAAGACGGUCGAGCGCGCGUGCGACGCGGCGAGAGAACGGGCGGCGGAGCGACGAAUUCGGGACGACGGCGCGAAGGCGCGGAUGAAGACAAACGACGACGACGACGCGGAGGACGACGACGACGACGACGACGAAUCGGCGCGCGACGGCGACGGAUCGAGCGAUGACGAAUCGAUCGAUGUCGCGUCGUCGAGCGAGGACGGUUCGGGGUCGGGGUCGGAGAGCGAUGACGGGAGCGACUCGGACGCGGCGGCGGACGCGGCGGAGGCGAGACGAGGCGACGAUGGUGCCGGACCGGCGACGAUCGGGGCGUUCGCGGCGCCGGAGGUGGUCGCCGCGGCGGCGCAGAGGGCGCUGAAGUUGGAGAGAGAGGAGGCGGAGGGGAAGAAGGGGAAGGGGAAGCGGGAGGAAGAGAGCGCGCACGAACGCGCGGUUCGCAUCAUGGCCGAGGCGAAGGCGCGCGGCGACGUCGUGAGCGCGAGCGAUCGAGGGAUGAAGAUCGAGCGAAAGGCGAAGAGUGAGGAUAAGAAGCGUGGGAAGAAGGGUAAGGGUCAUCGGCGCAAGCGCCAGGGUAAAACUGGGAGCGAUAGCGAGAGCCUGGACGAGGACGAGUUUGGCAGGACGGCGGCUGUCAAGGCGUUCGCCCAGGCGACGUCGCCUCGUCCGGUGCGACUCUCUGAUUUGGGUGGGAUCGAGGACUCUUUGCACGCCAUCAAGGAGCUCAUUUUGUGCCCGCUCAUGCACCCGGAACUGUACGCUUGGCUCGGGGUCGACCCACCGCGCGGCGUGCUCCUUCACGGACCACCAGGAUGCGGCAAGACGACGCUGGCGCACGCCAUUGCGCAAGAGGCGAGAGUGCCGUUUUUCUCGAUCGCCGCCACUGAAAUCGUGAGUGGGAUGAGUGGUGAGUCUGAGGCGAAGAUUCGUGAGCUAUUUCUCACCGCGCGCGCAAACGCUCCGUCGCUCAUCUUCAUCGACGAGAUCGACGCCAUUGUGCCAAAGCGAGAGAGCGCGCAGCGAGAGAUGGAACGACGGAUCGUCGCCCAGCUGUUGGCAUCCAUGGACGAGCUUCAGUCUAACAUCGAUGCCACCGAUGAAGUCGACCGCAUAGCCCGAUGCCGUCGGCAUGUCUGCGUCAUAGGCGCCACGAAUAGACCGGAUGGUAUGGACGCGGCGCUUCGUCGAGCCGGGCGGUUUGAUCGCGAAAUUAUGCUCGGUAUCCCCGACGAAGCCGCGCGCGAACGAAUCUUACGCGUUCAGGCGACGAAACUUCGCCUUAGCGGAGACUUGGAUCUUCGCGAGAUCGCGAAGAAGACGCCUGGGUAUGUCGGUGCGGAUUUGUCUGCGCUUGCAAAGGAAGCCGCGGCGUCGGCGGUGACGCGCAUCUUUAGAAAGCUCGAGGACAAGGAGGAAGGUAAGGACGAAGCGAUGACCGACAUUUCGACCGGUCCUACCGUCGGCGGUGACGCACGACUCGCAACUGGACGCUUGGCGGAUCCCCGACCGCUCACGGAAGACGAACUAGGGGACUUGGCUAUCACCAUGGAUGAUUUCUCUCUUGCUCUUACACGAGUGCAACCGUCGGCGCAGCGCGAAGGUUUCACAACGACACCAAACGUGACGUGGGACGACGUCGGCUCGCUCACGGAAGUUCGAGAGGAGCUGAAGUUUUCAAUCGCUGAACCGAUCGCACACCCUGAGCGUUUCCAAGCGAUGGGUCUCAACAUUUCUACUGGCGUCUUGCUGUACGGUCCUCCCGGUUGCGGCAAGACGCUCGUGGCCAAGGCGACGGCGAACGAGGCAAUGGCCAACUUCAUCUCCAUCAAGGGACCGGAGUUACUUAAUAAGUACGUCGGUGAAAGCGAACGUGCGGUGCGAACGCUGUUCCAGCGCGCGCGAAGUGCAUCGCCAUGUGUACUCUUCUUUGAUGAGAUGGACUCCUUGGCGCCGCGUCGAGGGAGCGGAGGCGACAACACCUCGGCGGAGCGCGUGGUGAACCAGCUACUCACCGAGAUGGAUGGUUUGGAAGCGCGAAACGCGACGUUUCUCAUCGCGGCGACGAAUCGACCGGACAUGAUUGAUCCCGCCAUGCUUCGCCCCGGACGUCUCGACAAGCUUCUCUACGUCCCGCUUCCGCCUCCGGAUGGACGCGCAGCGAUCCUAAAGACGCUCACGAGGAAGACCCCGAUCGCAAACGACGUAAAUAUUGACGCGAUCGCGCUCAGUCACUCGUGCGAAGGAUUCAGCGGUGCCGACUUAGCGUCACUCGUUCGCGAGGCGUGCGUCGCCGCGCUGAAAAUGAUGACCAUCGACGCCACGCCUCGGGUCACCGCCGCACACUUCGAGGAAGCCUUCACCAAGGUCCAACCGAGCGUGAGCAAAGCCGAUCACGCGCGCUACGACGAGCUUCGUCGCAAGCUCCGCCGCGAGCGUGGGACGAUCAACAAGGCGCACAGCUCGGCGUCCAUCGAGGACCUCGCCGGGCCGCCAAAGAAAUCGUUACGCGAUCCGGACGAGGACGACGAACCCGAGCUCGCGACGAACAAGCGCGCUCGCGGAUAA